CAUGAUGACAAGUGCAAUGCAACGGAUGCACUUGGAAAUUAACCAGUUUGUUAUUGCUUUCCUAUCUCUCUUCCCUUUCAAACAGGUUUCAUGAUCACACAAACCAUGGCUUCUCUUCUUUCUCUUCUUUCUCUUCUCAUUCCUCUUCUUGCAACUUCUUGUGUAAGUGUAGCUGUGUUUUCCUUCCAAGCUUCUCUCAAAACAACUUACAUUGAACCGUUCAGAUGCUCCUCCAUGAUCAGCACAUGCAAUGCCUCACUCUACCACAUAAGUUACAAUCACAACGCAGAUGACUUAGCCAACUUUUACUCCGUUCACCCCUCCCAAAUCAAACCUAUAAUGCGCGGCACAAAGCAAGAUUACCUUAUAACAGUGCCUUGUUCCUGCAAUAGCUCCAAUGACCUUGGCGGAUAUUUCUAUGAUACAACCUACAAGGUGAAGCCUAAUGACUCUUCUGUGGAGAUUAACAACAUUGCCUACAGUGGCCAAGCCUGGUCUAUUAACAGAGAAGUGAACCCAAACGAGGAAUUAGCAAUAAAUCUUCCUUGUGGGUGUUCAGAAAAAAAUGACUCUCAAAUUGUUGUCACGUAUACAGUUCAGCGGAGUGAUACACCCAUAUCAAUCGCUACUCUGCUAAAUGCUACCUUAGCAAACAUGGUGAGUAUGAACGAAGUUCUGGUUCAGAACCCCUCAUUCAUAGAUAUUAGUUGGGUGCUGUAUGUUCCAAGGGAACUCAAUGGUUUGCCUUCCAAUGGAAAAGAAAAGAAACACUAUAUAAUCAUUGGCAUCUUGGCGGGUGUGACAUUCUUUUCAAUUGUUACUUUGAUAAUUCUCGUUGUCGUUCUUAGGAGAUCCAGGGCCAGUGUAGCCGCAAAAAAUGAUCCAAAUAUUGUGUCUAAAAGAUCAAUUGGAAAUAGAACUAUUUCCAUAAAGGACUUUCAUGCAGAACAUAUAGAAGAUGCAACUCCAUUUGAAUCAGAAAGACCAGUAAUUUAUGCUCUAGAGGAGAUUGAAGAUGCUACAAAUAACUUUGAUGAAACGCGAAAGAUUGGAGUAGGUGGAUACGGGAGUGUGUAUUUCGGAAUGUUAGAGGAGAAGGUAUGA